GUCACUUAAAAUGUUUUCGAAACUCAAUAGAAGCUUAUUGCUUGCUAAUUUUAAUUUUCCUAAAUGCCAUGUACAUAGUAUGUUACGAAUACAUGAUACUGAUUUGGAAAGUAAUGCUGGAAAACUUAUAAAAGUACAGUCGGAACACUUUGCAAAUUUAGGGUUGGGUUCGUGCACUCAGAAAGAUGAAAAACAAUAUUUUUAUUGAUAUUACGGAUGGAUCAACUGCUAAAAUGUUACAAGUUGUCGUACCAACAGAUAAUAAACCAGAUAACUUAAGUUAUGGGAGUAGUAUCACAGCAGAAGGCAAGUUAGCUUUAGCUCCAAAUGGUAGAAUCGAAUUACACGCAAACAAUCUUGUUGUAAUUGGUUCAUGUGAUGUUAUGGAUGGAUAUCCUUUUGCUCCAAGGAAAACAUAUGCCGAGGAAUACAUUAGGAAGUAUUUGCAUUUGAGGCCGAGAACUAGGAUAUUUUCAUGUUUGCUAAGGUUACGUGAUAUAGCAUCUGUAUCUAUUCAAAAUCAUUUAAGAAAUAGAGGUUUCAUUAAUGUCCAUACACCUAUUUUAACUUCAAAUGAUUGCGAAGGUGCUGGUGAAUUGUUUUUGGUAAAACCAUCUUCUGAAGCAAUAUUAAAAGCAAUGAAAAGAGAGGAUGUUACAGAAGAAGAAUCAUAUUUUAAUACUAAAGCAUUUUUAACAGUUUCUGGGCAAUUACAUUUAGAGGCUGUUGCGAGAGCCCUUACAAAGGUCUAUACCUUUGGACCAACAUUCAGAGCUGAAAAUUCUAAGUCAAGAUUACAUUUAUCAGAAUUUCGUAUGUUAGAAGCUGAGUUAGCAUUUAUUAAUAGUAUUGAUGAUAUAAUGGAUGAAGUUGAACUAUUGAUAAAAAAUAUAACUAAAGAUAUACUUGAAAAAGGUGCUUCUGACAUCCAUGAAAUGAAGUGCCCAGAAGUACAAUGGCUGAAUGAAAACUUUACACGUAUGACAUAUGAUGAGGCAAUUGAUAUUUUACAGAAUAAUGAGAAAUCUUUUCAACAGCCUGUUACACUUGAAACAGGCAUUUCUAAGGAGCAUGAAUUAUUUUUAGUAAAGCAUAACAACAAUGUUCCUAUAUUCGUUAUAAAUUGGCCAAAAGAAAGUAAACCUUUUUAUAUGAAAGAAUGUGAAAAUGAUGCUUCAAAGGUUGCUGCAAUGGAUCUUUUAGUACCAAUUGUAGGAGAAUUAGUAGGAGGAAGUAUACGUGAAGAUGACUAUGAAAAAUUAAAAUCAAAAUUACCUGUAACAUCUAAUCUUUCUUGGUAUUUAGAGCUUCGUAAAUAUGGUAAUGUUACCACAGGGGGUUUUGGAAUGGGGUUUGAAAGAUUUUUACAAUGUCUUUUUGACAUACCAAAUAUCAAAGAUACUCUUCCUUUUCCGAGGUGGCCCCAUAAUUGCAGUUUAUGAAUAAAAUUUUUAAGGCCGUUGUGUACGUGAUUUCCCCGCAUUAAAUGACAUUAUUUGCUCUUAAAACAUUAAAUAAAAGUAACUUUAAUAGGAAAAAAAUAAGAUGAAAGCACAA